ACGUUUGUUUGGGACACGCCUUUGUUGCUUGGUCUCUUUUCCAUCGUUAUUUUUCAAGAACAAAUAAAAACCCACUACUAAUAUUUGUGGGUGCUUCACCAAUUGACUAAACAGACACCAAAAGAGAAAGAGAGAGUCUUACUCUGACUAAUCAGAAAACCAACAAAAGUUUCUUGCUCUUUGUCUUCUUUCUCUUCUUAGCAUAAAAUCCACAUCUUCUCUCUAUUAUUCCCCCCUCUGCUAUCAGAGUUUCUUUUCUCUUUUCCUUUUGGAGAAAAUAAACAAGAGAGAAUCUUGCUACCGAGGUGGGUUCUGACUAUAAGUUUCUUUUUAUUUUUGGGUGUUGUUUCGUUUUUUCCUUCUCUGUUUUUGGCUAUGGAAACUUGCUCUGAUCUUCAAGUGGACAUCAAUGGAGAAGAAACUAUCUUUCUCAAUAAGAAAAUCAUAUGCAAGUAUUCUGGAACGUUAAGGAAACUUCUUGGGACAUCUACUAGUUCUUCCAAUAGUAAUCUCAAGGUGAUAUUUAAUGAUUUCCCUGGUGGAGCUGAGAGUUUUGAGCUUGUAUCAAGAUUCUGCUACAGCAACGGCCAAUUCACUGUGGUACCUUCGAAUGUAGUCUUGUUCCAUUGUGCUGCUAAGCUUAUGGAAGUCAUUGAAGUCUUGGAACAAACAGAGAAGUGUAUGCAAGAGAUUCGGUCUUGGGCUUGGUCAGAGGUUCUUCUUGGUCUAAAACAAUGUCAAGAACUUCAAACAUCCUCUGACACUGAUUCUUGGGCUGCGAAACUGAUGGAUGUGCUCGUGGAGAAGCUGUGUUUAGCCAUUGAAGUGAGUCCCUCUAGUGCUGCUUCUGCUUGUUCACCUUCACCCGACAGCAGCGUGCUUCGUUUUUCUUGUGACAGUAAAAGCACAGAGAGUUUCAAGAACGGCUCUUCUCGGAUACCAUGGUGGUUCGAUGAGGUUCUUGUUCUAAGUCCCGGUUUGGUUGCAACGCUCUUGAAGCUGAUGAUAGCACGGAAAUUCGAUAAUCUUACCAUAAGCAGGUUCUUGUUCUAUUACCAGAAGGCCAAGUUCUGUUCAGCGCCUUCUAAUGAGAAAAGAGAGAUUCUUGAAACCACCAUUGAUACUCUUUACGUGUUGGAUCGAAGCUGUGUUCCUUACAAGAGCCUGUUUAGUCUUUUGAGACUUGCUCUUGGAUCAAACAUAAACAAAAGCGUUAUGAACAAACUGGAGCUUAUGAUCGGUCAGCAACUGGAUCAAGCAACACUUGACAAUCUUCUUGUUCCAUCUCCAUUGAAGUCUAGUCACUUGUACUACGUGAAUCUUGUUCUUAGAUUCGCAAAAGCUUUCUUCAGCGAAGCAAAGAGAGGAUCACAAGUGAAGAAAGUGGCAAGCUUGGUUGAUCAGUACAUAGCUGAAGUAGCACCUGAUCCUUGCUUGAAACCUUCAAAGUUUCUGUCUCUCCUCACUCUCAUUCCUGAUAUAGCAAGAGAGUCUCAUGAAGAUAUCUAUCGUGCUAUUGAUAUGUUUCUUGAGGCUCACGCUGGACUAACCAAUGGUGAAAAACUAAGGUUGAUAAGAACUAUAAGCUACGAGAAGCUUUCAGCUGAAUCAAGAGCACACGUUUCUCGUAACACAAAGUUUCAAGCGAUUCAGACGGCAGAUUUAAAACAACACAAGCAGCUCAUACUCCGAGUGGAGAAGGUUGAGACCUCGGGAGACGAUGAGAAGUUGAAAGAACAAAUAGAAGGGAUUCAGUGGAGGGUAAUGAAGUUGGAGAGAGCAUGUUUGAAGAUGCAGAAUCAGAUGGAAGCUAUCAAGAAGAGGACAAGCAGAGGAAGCAACAGAUCACUUCCUAAGCUCUGUUCUUGAUCAGGCUACAGUGAUAU